AUGGACAGCCAAGACGCGCCUUCCUGUCCUUUCUGCCCCUUCGUUGACUCAGAUGCUAGCUUUGUGGAACAGCAUAUCGAGUUCUGCCAUCCAGAGAAUGGGGUCUCGCAGUCCUUGUCUGACCCGCAGGGGAGUGAAAGAACCAACCCUACUGCCUCAUAUCUACUCAUAGAUGAGGAAUCAACAGAAGAAUACGUUGAAUGCCCGCAUGGCUGCGGUGAAGUAGUGACAUCAGCCGAGCUAUCCACCCAUCUGGAUCUACACCUGGCCGAGGGUAUUGCGCUCGACGAGGGUGGGAAUUCCCAACCCACCUUUGAUACAGACGCAGUCUCUAGUGACUACGAACUACCCUCAGACCAGGAUGACCAUUUGGAUCUCCAGGGCUCACGCAAGGGUGGCAAGCGAGAUGUUACCCGGGACUUUGCUCGAGCAAAUAACACAUCCAAACCCACCCGAGCGAAGAGUCCUACGAGAACACGCGGACCCGAUGGCGCGAUGCGACUUGGGCGGUCCGAACUGGGUCCCCAUGCUCACGAGAAGAAGAUGCCGUCGUGGCUACGGAAGAUGCUUGAAAAAGGUGGCCGGACCACAAAGCAGACCCACAUUACCAACGACGGGAGACUAGCAAGACACACAAAGGUGGAAAAUGAAACUGAUCACUUGAUUCCUGUACUAGCCAAGCUGUGUGAACAAGAUCCAUCGGUCCAGCGCGCCUUUCUAUGUAGUCCAAAUGUUCGGCACAUCUGCAAGAUGUCCCGCGAGGGCGGCUUCUGUGGCUACCGGAAUAUCCAAAUGCUGGUUUCUUACAUUGUCAAAUCAAGAAGCACAGGGCAUGAUCACUUUCCGGAGGGAGUGCCUUCUAUUCUUGGUCUGCAGGACCGAAUCGAACAGGCUUGGGACAUGGGGUUCAACAGCACCGGGAGAACAGAAACAGGGGGCAUCAAAGGCACACGAAAAUACAUUGGGACACCAGAGGCACAAGCUCUCCUUCAGAGCCUUCAAAUUCCCUGUGACGCCAAAAGCCUAAAUGACAGCGGCCAACUAAGAGCCUGCGAAGCUUUGUAUAUGGAUAUAGCAAACUACUUUCGCUCGGUCUGCUCCCUCGAGGACACGGAAACCAGGGUCUUCAAGACUGAUCUCCCGCCCAUUUAUUUUCAACAUCCAGGCCAUUCUAUGACCAUUGUUGGGUUUGAGAUCCGUGAUAACGGCACCGCCAAUCUACUAGUCUUUGAUCCCAUGUUCAAGACUUCGCCUGCUAUUCAGCGCUUAAUUGGAACGUCCGCACGAGCUGAUAACCCUGGACGUCUCCUAAAGGCAUACCGACGAGGCACUUCCUAUCUUCAGAAGUAUAAGAUUUUUGAACUCCUGAAGUAA